UCCAAGGUCCAACUAUGCAGGCCAAACCUUUCCAUGCUGUCCCGGUCAAAUUCCCUUCUCCAACAAAGCUCCCUCUUCUCCAGAAACCUCCGGCCAUGCCGGAGAAAGUACUGUCAAGAGCUAUUUCCAUUUCCACACCUGAUACUAGGGUUUCAGAUGUCUCGACCCCGAAUUUGGAUGACUCCAUGGCUGCAUUUUGGGAUUAUCAGUUUCUCUUUAUGUCGCAACGCUCUGAAACAGAUGGGUCUAUUGCUUUACGCGUGGUUGAUGGUGCAAUUCCCGUUGAUUUUCCUUCGGGUACGUAUUUUCUAGCUGGGCCGGGUCUUUUUAGCGAUGAUCAUGGGUCGACGGUCCAUCCUUUGGAUGGGCAUGGGUAUUUGAGGGCUUUUGCCAUUAAUGGACCGGGUAAAGAGGUCAAGUUCUCGGCUAGGUAUGUGAAAACGGAGGCCCAGUUGGAGGAGCACGACCCGAUGACCCGUGGGUGGCGAUUCACGUACCGCGGCCCGUUUUCGGUAUUGAAAGGAGGGAAGAAGGUGGGGAACAGGAAGGUGAUGAAAAAUGUGGCGAACACCAGCGUGUUGAAGUGGGGUGGACGGUUGAUGUGCUUGUGGGAGGGUGGAGACCCCUAUGAGAUUGAAUCUGGGACGCUGGAUACGAUCGGAAGGCUCGAUAUGAUGGAGGGCUGUGAUUCAUUGCAUGAAGGUGGCAGCCCCGGCAGUGAUGCUUGGGAUUUGGCUGCGGCGGCGUUGAAGCCAAUUCUACAUGGAGUGUUCAAGAUGCCGGAGAAGCGGCCACUGUCGCAUUAUAAAAUUGAUGCUAAAAGAAAUAGGCUUCUGAUGAUGUGGUGUAACGCAGAAGACAUGUUGCUGCCUCGGAGCAAUUUUACAAUCUAUGAAUUUGAUUCGAAAAUGAAGGUGGUACAAAGGAAAGAGUUCAAGAUUCCGGAUCAUUUGAUGAUCCAUGAUUGGGCUUUCACCGAUUCUCAUUAUGUCUUGUUCUCCAAUCGAAUCAAGCUUGAUAUUCUAGGAUCAAUGGGGGCCUUAAGUGGACUAUCACCAAUGAUAUCAGCAUUAUCGGCAAACCCUAGUAAACCAACCUCUCCAAUCUAUCUCCUUCCUCGAUUCUCUGACGACGUCACUGGAAAUCGAGAUUGGAGAGUUCCAAUUGAAGUUCCUUCACAGUUAUGGCUGAUACAUGUUGGCAAUGCCUAUGAGGAGAGGGACGAGAGAGGAAACUUCAACAUUCAAAUACAUGCCAGUGCUUGCUCUUAUCAAUGGUUCAAUUUCCACAAAAUGUUUGGAUAUGAUUGGCAAAGUAGGAAAUUAGACCCUUGUGUUAUGAAUGUUCAACAAGGCCAAGAAGAAUCACUUCCACACCUCAUUCAAGUCUCCAUCAACUUGGAUGCCAAUGGUACAUCCAAGAAUUGUAGUGUCGAACCUUUGAAUCAAUGGAACAAACCCUCCGACUUCCCCUCCAUCAAUCCAUCUUCCUCCGGCAUAAAAAACACAUACAUGUAUGCGGCGGCCGCAUCUGGUUCCCGCUCAACCUUGCCACAUUUUCCUUUUGACACCAUCGUUAAAGUAAAUGUCCCUAACAAGUCGACUCAUAGGUGGUCUACCGGUACUAGGAGGUUCAUAGGUGAGCCCAUCUUUGUUCCCAAGGGUAUUGAAGAAGACGACGGUUACCUUCUGGUAGUCGAGUAUGCAGUGUCAAUACAAAGGUGUUACCUUGUCAUAUUGGAUGCUAAGAGAAUAGGAGAGAUUGAUGCACUUGUAGCAAGGCUUGAAGUCCCAAAACAUUUGACUUUUCCCAUUGGAUUUCAUGGCUUUUGGGCCCCCAAAGAGUAG